GGGAGGUGUAGUCCCGGCGCCCUCUUGUAGGCGAUUCCCCAGCUGGUGACUGGAGCGAUUCCUUGUUCUUUGGUGGCGCUGCCCCUGGAUGCCCAGGGAGGACUGCCUGCUGGGGAAGGGGAGGACUCCCAGGUAGUUGGCUGCUGAGCUUCAGUCUUAGAAGCAAAUUUGAGCAGACAGAAGAAGGAAUCAGUGAACCUGAAGAUAAAGCAGUUAAAAUGAGGUCUGAGGAACACAGACAAAGCCUGAAGGAAAAGUCACAGACUGUAAGGGAUCUGCCCCAGACCACCAAUUGGACCACCUGUGGGAAUACGGAAAAAGGAGAAAAGGAGGGAUUGUCUAAAGAAAUAAUGGACAGAGCUCCCUAGAUUUGAUGAAAGACAUGAAUAUGAAGAUUCAAGCUCAACAAAGUAUAAGUGGAAGAAACCUAUCCGAGAUACAUUAGAAUCAAAACAUCAAAAGCCAGAAACAUUCGAGAUAAUUUUGAAAGCUGUGGCUAGGGAUUUAGCUCAGUGGUGCCUCUGCCUGCCUCGCAAGCACAAGAUCCUGAGUUCAAUCCCUGGUACAAAAAAAACUGUAAGAAAAAAGCAGUCCUAUGUACAAAGGCUCCUCAGUGGGAUUAUCAGCAGAUUUCUCAUUAGAAAUCAGAUCAGAAAGCACUGGGUUGAUAAUAUUUAAAGUGCUAAAAGAAGAAAACAAAGCUGCCAAAACAGAACCCUGUAUCUGGCAAAACCGAGGGAGAAAUGAAGACAUUCUCAGAUAAUCAAAAGCUGAUGGAACUUGCUUCCACAGACCUAACCCUGCUUGAAAUUUUAACAAGAGUCUUUAAGGUUGAAAUGAAAGGGCACCAGUUACUUGAAGCCAUAUAAAGAAACUUCUCUGCUAAAGGCACACAUGGCGUUCAGGGAUGUGGCUGUGGAUUUCUCCCAGGAGGAGUGGAGCUUGCUGAGUCCUGCUCAGAGGAGCCUGUACAGGGAGGUGAUGCUGGAGACCUACAGCCACCUGGUGUCUCUGGGAAUUCCGUUUUCUAAACCAAAACUCAUCACACAGCUGGAGCAGGGGAAAGAAAUGUGGCGAGAAGAGAGAAAAUGUUCACUGGCCACCUGUCCAGCAGAACCAAAGCCGGAACUCCAGCCAGGUCCUUUCUGCCCCCUGGAUUUCUCAGCUCAGAAAUUCCCUGUGCAGCAUGUGCUGUGCAGCCAGCCUCCCUGGCUAUUGACGUGCUUGUGCACAGGAAGUCCUGUCCUGCCAGGGGCUCUGUGCCCGGAGGACCUGGAAGACCAGCAGAAGCAGCCGCAAGCCUCACAGGGGUGUGCUUGGAGUGCAGAGGCCGAGAGUGGUUACAGCAAGGGCACCAAGCCUGCCUUUGGGAAGACAAAGAGGAGGACUUUGGGCGUGUUCUCCAGGCCACCGCAGAGACAGCUGGUCAAGGCCCUCCGUGGGGUGGAGAUGGAAGCUGGCGCCACUCCGCCGGGGACCCCCGAGGACACAGACAAGUUGCUGAAGAGCAUCGAAGUCUUAGGGUUCGGGACGGUCAACUGCAGUGAGUGCGGCCUGGGUUUCAGCAAGAUGACCAACCUGUUGAGCCACCAGCGCAUCCACUCGGGCGAAAAGCCAUACGUGUGUGGGGUGUGUGAGAAGGGCUUCAGCCUGAAGAAGAGCCUGGCUCGGCACCAGAAAGCUCACUCAGGGGAGAAGCCCAUCGUGUGCGGCGAGUGUGGCCGGGGCUUCAACCGCAAGUCCACGCUGGUCAUCCACGAGCGCACGCACUCGGGCGAGAAGCCGUAUGCCUGUGUGGAGUGCGGGCGCGGCUUCAGCCAGAAGUCCAACCUCAUCAUCCACCAGCGCACGCACUCAGGCGAGAAGCCCUACGUGUGCCGCGAGUGUGGCAAGGGCUUCAGCCAGAAAUCAGCCGUGGUCAGGCACCAACGCACGCACCUUGAGGAGAAGACGAUCGUAUGCGGGGACUGCGGCCUGGGCUUCAGUGACAGGUCCAACCUGAUCUCGCACCAGCGCACGCACUCAGGCGAGAAGCCCUACGCAUGCAAGGAGUGUGGCCGCUGCUUCCGACAGAGGACCACACUGGUCAACCACCAGCGCACACACUCUAAGGAAAAGCCAUACAUAUGCAGCGUGUGUGGGCACAGCUUUAGCCAGAACUCCACCCUCAUCUCGCACCGCAGGACACACACUGGGGAGAAGCCCUUUGUGUGUUCUGUGUGCAGCCGGGGCUUCAGCCUCAAGUCACACCUCAACAGGCACCGCAACAUCCACUCUGGGGAGAAGCCCAUCGUGUGCAAGGACUGCGGUCGGGGCUUCAGCCAGCAGUCCAACCUCAUCCGGCACCAGCGGACACACUCGGGGGAGAAGCCCAUGGUGUGCGAGGAGUGUGGACGCGGCUUCAGCCAGAAGUCCAACCUCGUGGCGCACCAGAGGACACACUCAGGGGAAAAGCCGUACGUGUGCCAGGACUGUGACAAAGGCUUCAGCCACCAGGCUGGGCUCAUCAGGCACAAAAGGAAGCACUUGAGGGAGAAGCCUUACACGUGCCGGCAGUGUGGACUGGGGUUUGGCAACAAGUCCACUUUAAUCACGCAUAAGCGGGUCCACUUGGAAGGGAAGCCUUGUGUCUGCAGCGAGUGUGGCCAAGGCUUUAUCCAGAAAUCCCUCCUGGCUUUACACCAGCUGGCACACAAGGGGAAGACGCCUUACGUGUGCAGAGCCUGCGGGCAAGGCUUUAAGCAGAAGUCUCAGCUGAGCAGGCACAGGAAGACAAAGUGUAGCCACCACAGACUGCCACUCCAGGCCAACUCUGAGGCUGGUUCUGGGCAGGCUUCUGACCUCUUGGAUUUACUUUGAGAGUGAAGCUGGUACAGAGGACUAACAGUCAAAAUUUUUACACUGCCAUGAAAUGGAAUAGAAAAAGAUACUCCGUAAGUGGUCAGAGGACAUUGACUUAGUUUACUUUCUCCCCACAAAGUGUUUUCCAUGUUUUGUGGCCUUUUGUUCCAAUAAACUGCUUCUUUCCAAA